AUGGAUGGAACCAAUGAAAGCACCCAGGAAAACUUUGUUCUUUUGGGAUUUUCUGACCGCCCCCACCUGGAGAGAAUCCUCUUUGUGGUUAUCUUGAUUGCAUAUCUUCUGACCCUUGUGGGCAAUACCACCAUCAUCCUCGUGUCUCGGCUGGACCCCCACCUCCACACUCCCAUGUACUUCUUCCUUGCUCACCUCUCUUUUCUGGACCUUAGUUUCACCACCAGCUCCAUCCCUCAGCUGCUGUACAACCUGAAUGGACAUGACAAGACCAUUAGCUACACAGGUUGUGCCAUCCAGCUCUUCUUAUUCCUGGGUCUUGGUGGUGUGGAAUGUCUACUGUUGGCUGUCAUGGCAUAUGACCGGUUUGUUGCAGUUUGCAAGCCCCUGCACUACACGGUGAUCAUGAAUCCACGGCUUUGUCUGGGCUUGGUGUUGGUGGCCUGGGGCUGCGGGGUGGCCAACUCAUUGGCCAUGUCCCCAGUCACCCUGCUCUUACCCCGCUGUGGGCGCCGCAGUGUGGACCACUUCCUGUGUGAGAUGCCUGCCCUGAUACGGAUGGCCUGUGUGAAUACAGCUGCCAUUGAGGGCACCGUCUUUGUCCUGGCAGUGGGCAUUGUGCUAUCACCCCUCGUGUUUAUCCUGGGCUCCUAUGGCUACAUCGUGAGGGCUGUGCUACUAAUUGAGUCAGCAUCAGGAAGGCAAAAAGUCUUCAACACAUGUGGUUCUCACCUCACGGUGGUCUCACUUUUCUAUGGGAAUAUUAUUUACAUGUACAUGCAACCAGGAAACAGCUCUUCCCAGGACCAAGGAAAGUUUCUCACUCUCUUCUACAACAUUGUCACCCCACUCUUGAAUCCCCUGAUCUAUACCCUCAGAAACAAAGAGGUGAAAGGGGCUCUGAGGAGGCUGCUGCUGUGUAACAGAUAA